CUGAAUAUGGAAAGAUCUGUUCCCUAUGCACCGUAGGAUAUGGACAGGGAAGUACUGCAGUGCUUGUUUGCCUCUGAUGUUUCCCAAGUUGCCCCUUUAAGAACAUUGCAGGAAAAGGCUGUGGAGGAAGAAGAAGGUAGUUCAGGGAUGCCUCAGGUGUUUGACUGUUUGCAAAGUUGGGCAUCACUAUUUGCACAGUUGGGCAGAGGCCUUGGAUGGAAGCAGUCUCACUUCACAUUCAGACAGGACUAGCAAAUGGCUUUAGGUCACUUACACACAGCUCUUUUGAUGACUUUUUUUUUUUUUAAUUAAGUGUUCCAAGAAGGUACUUUCAUAUUCAGCAAAUUAUUCGGCCUUCUAAAUGUUAACCCCUUAACAGAAAUUCCUCAGUUUCUGCAUCACUAAUGAGUAAUUGCAGAUGCAGCUACUUUAACUCAAUCUGAUAAUCUGAGCAGUUUUUCAUUGGUUCUUGAGAUUAUCUUUAAAAUCGGGCACAGUAAGCUCUGCUUUAUUAUGCCACUGCUGCUACUGCCUGAUCAUCAAACCACACAGCCUAAACUAUCAAGGGACAGAAACAGUGUGAAAAGUGAAGUUUCCUUUGAGCUGAUACUGUCUGGAAUGGGACAAGAUGUGCAGCAGCUGGGCCUUCACCUGUGCAUUACUGCUGUGCUACUCCUUGGUGGAGGACAAGGCAGAGAGUUCCCUGGCAGUCUGAGCUGCCUGAAUAACUAUGUGACUACUGUGAACUGCGUGUGGGCAAUGGAGGAGCCUGUGGGCGAUGGACCUUUCUACCUGCACUUCACAAACCUCUGGUCAAAGGGUCAAAACGCCAGCUGCCAACUGACUGCCAGAGACAGCAUGCAGAAUCAGUAUCGUUGCACAAUCCACUUAGCCAGCCAGAUCUUGGAAACAGAUGGUUAUAGAGUCUCUCUCCAAGGCAACUUCUUUGGGAGUAAUCAUACAUACAUUACCUUUCCAGAAUACAAUCCCAGCAAGCACAUAAAGCUUGAUCCACCUUUGAACAUCCAGAGCAACAUUACUGCAAGCAAGUGUCAGAUAUGGUGGAGUGUGCCUUGGUACCUCGUUGAAAUUCUUCAAUACGAGUUGCAGUACAAGGAGUACGGCGUGUCAUGGGAGUUUGCAUUGAACAAGACACCACCCAGUUCACUACCACAAAUAGAAAUUGAAGGCACAGAGUUUCACAGUGGUAUCUCUUACAUUGCACGAGUUCGCUGCAAAGUUUCUGAAAAUGAGGAUUCAUACCAUAGUCAGUGGAGCGAGUGGAGCCAGACAACAGUGUUUCAAAGAGCAGGUGUACCAGAAGUGUCUGAAAAGCUGUUUAAUUCCAGAACUUUGCAGUUCUUGUUCAUUCCUCUGAGUUUUGGCACCCUACUCUAUUUAUUUUGGAACCGCAAGCUUUCUUCAAGGGCAAAAAGCCUCUCCUGCUUUAACAUUCCCACACCAGCUGCUUUCUUUCAGCCACUCUAUAAUUUGCAUAAUGGGAAUUUUAAGGACUGGGUUGGACCUAAUGAAGCUUGGAAUCAACUCAGAAGAGAAGAGGCAAGCAACUCAAACAAAGUGACUACAGAUGGAGUUUCUGAGCUAAACACCCAGGAACUGAUUUCCCAGAUUUCCUUGAAACCUGUGGAAAGCACAAAUCUUGUUGCUGCAGAAGAAAUGUUUGCCUCUGGUCCAAGCCAGCAGUAUGUCCCCAGCAGGUAUGUGAGAGCAGAAGAGAUGGAAGUGAAGCUGGCACUAUUCUUAGCACAAAACCAUGCUGAUGAUACAGUUGGCCUGAAAAUUUCUGAAAUAAUUAAAGCCAACCUUGACAGAUCUGGCAUGGGAAGGAGUUAUCCUUCUCACUUACAGCAUGGAAAGGGUAACUUCCUUAUGCUUCAGGAAUCUUUGGAGAUGGCAAAUGUGUCCUUCAGCAAUAGUGACUAUUGCACCUUGUGUGACAAUGAUACCACAGGAGGUUUGAUUGCUGCUGAACUACUGAAGCUCUCUGAUGGCAAUGGUCUGGUCAAACAUCAGAAUGAUCAGAAUGGCCUUCCUUGAGGAAUGCUGCCCACAAAGAUCUUUUGCUGCCCUCUCAUCUCACAACACUGUCUUCCCAAAUGGCUUAAAUGGUGACUGUGCAGACAAUUACAAUCUUUAAUUUUUCUACUUCAAGAAAAGAUUGUGACCCACUCCUCUGGCUAGCAAAUACUAUCCCUGGCAUGGCCAGGACUGACCACAGCAAAAUCUGCCGUCUCAGGAGACACAUGACCAUGCCUUUCCCCAGAUUAACCUCCUGGCAGCCACAGAAGUCCAGCAAUCCUCUAGUCUGAUGCAGCAGCAGACCUGCUAUUUUUCCCCAGAAAGAGCCAUUGUAAUUGCAUGCAAGAUGACGAUUUCCAAACUUCAUUGUGAGACAACUGCUCUGCUCUCAGCACAUAGUUCUUUCCUCACUGUAAUUCAGAUUAACUCAACAUUUACUGUAGCCUGAAAACUAAUGCCUGCUGGACUGAGAAGCAGCAAUAUUUGCAAUGUACUGAAUCAUGAUUUAAACCCAUUUGUUAUUUGAGAACUAUGUAUGACUCUUCAUAAAACCAUGAUAAAUGUUUUUUUUGCU